AUGGGCUUCCGGGCACUGGCCUUCCCGUCUGUUGGCCUGAACCUGCACCCCGCUGCUCGCACCACCCCGCUCUGGGCUGUGACUCCAGUUCCCUCAGGACUCAGUGCGCCUCUGAGGAGAAACAUGGAUUCCCUGGAAAACCUCACAGAGGAAGAGGAGCCCAGAGGACCCCGGACGCCGAAGUCUGCAGCCUGCAAGCCCAGGCCCCGGGAGGUGCUGGCGGGCAGGACCCAGAGCUACCUGGAGCAGACCCAGCGGGCGGAGAGCAGCCUGACCUACGUGGCCCUCUCGAUGCUGCUGUUUUCCGUAGUCUUCCCCUACAUCCUCCUCAGCUGCUUCUUCAUCCAGGGCCUCUUCUUGGAGGGAGGGGCAGCGGGCCUCAGGGACUUGAGGACUGUGAAGCUGUCCGCCUGGGCGUCCCUGGACCUGUGGCGUCAGGCAGGAAGCCAUGUGCUCUAUUCCCUGGGCCUGGGCACAGGCACCAUCAUCAACCUGUCCUGCAAGGCUGGGGGUGGCGGCAGCGCCCAGGAUGCCUCUCUGGUGGUCCUGGCCAGCCUCAUCACGUCACUGCUGGCCACGGCCGUCAUCUUUACAGUGCUGGGUUUCUGGGUCACUACCAGCGGCCCCACCUGUGUGCAGAGGAGUGUCCGGCAGCUGAUGAUGCUGGUCAGUGAGGGGCUGCUGCCCCCGUCGGCGACACCGCCCCCCCACAUCCAGCUGCAGCCCCCCCUGGACUACCUGGCCUGGGUCGGCAGCCUCCCCCGCAGCCUGCAGCAGCAGAUCAUCCACCGCUCCCCACCCUGCAGCAUCAAGCCGCAGACAGAGAAGUUCAUGGAGGGCCCGGGCCUGGCCUUCGCCGCCUUCUCCCAGGCCGUGACCCUGCUCCCCGGGGCGCCCUUCUGGGCCAUCCUCUUCUUCCUCACGCUGCUCGCCCUGGGGCUGAACACCCUGGUGACCUUGGUGGGCGGCCUGGUCUCCCCGCUCCAGAGCACCUUCUCCGUCUGCAGGCGGUACCCCAGGCUGCUCUCAGCGCUCAUCUGCUCGGGGGGCUUCCUGGGCAGCCUGGUCUGCGCCAGUGAGGCGGGCAGCUACAUCGUGGCCGUGUGUGAUGACCUCCUGGUCCCGCUGGCCCUCGUCGCCAUCGUGGCCUUCCAGAACGUGACCCUGGCCUGGAUCUACGGGGCGAGGAGGUUCAGGCAGCAGCCGGUCAGCGCCCUGGGCCACCUGCUGUGGCCACAGCUGCCCUGCCUGUGGCGCUUCCUGACGCUGCCGGUGCUGCUGGGCCUCCUGGCCGCCUGCGUCCUGGCGCUCUACCCCGUGGGAGCCGCGCACUACGUGGCCUGGAACAGCUCGGUGGGCCAGGAGGUGCGGCGGCCGCACCCGCAGAGCGCCCUGAGCUGGGUCCGCUUCCUGGGCGUGCUCGCCCUCCUGCCCGUCCCGGCCCACCCUCUGCGCCGCUGGUGGCGCCUGCAGGACCACGAGGCCGCCGAGGCCCCCGGGAGGCCGCCAUCCAGGAGGAGGCCCCCCCAGUGGCCCAAGGGCCGCCCGGCCAGGCCCAGCUCCAGGGCGCCCCGGGGCCACAAGAAGAGCGUGAGCUCCCAGCGCCUCACGCCCCUGGCGCCCGCGCCCAAGCACGCCGUGCUGUGGCAGACCAGCCUGACCUCCGCGCAGCCCAGCCAGAGCUCCUGGUCCAGCCUCAUGGCCUCCCUGACCUCCUUCCUGUCCGUGUCCCCGAGCCUGCCCCUGGAGGGGGGAGACAGGAGCUCCAGCACGCGGGCCUCGGGGUCGCACCCGGCCCCUCCCGCCCCGCCCGCCCCGCCCGUCCCGCCUCCGCAGGAAUAA